GCAACUCUGCAGCAGUACUCCUCUUCUCACACAGGAUUCUCACGCCAGCCAGCCAGCCAGCCUGAUCAAAUCAAACAUGUCCGCCUCACGCGCCCUCCUCUCGAACCCGCAAGCGGGCGCGAGCCCGACCAUGGCGAGGGCCGCCUCGCGGGCACGCCUCGCCGCGCCUUCCUCCUCGAUCCCCUUCGCGCGCGCCGGCGCCCGCCUCCGCAUCCGAUCCGCGAUCCUGUCGUCGCCGGCGGCGGCGGCGGCGCCGGUGGCGUCUGCGGAGCCGACGCGCCGGAUCUCGCGGUCCGGGUCGGAGGCGGCGCCGCGGGCCAAGCCGGCGGUGCUGGUGGCGGAGAAGCUGGGCGAGGCCGGGCUGGAGGUGCUGCGGCAGUUCGCGGACGUGGAGUGCGCCUACGGCAUGUCCCCCGCCGAGCUCCUGGCCAAGGUGUCGCAGUUCGACGCGCUCAUCGUGCGCAGCGGCACCAAGGUGACGAGGGAGGUGCUGGAGGCGGGCCGGGGCCGGCUGCGGGUCGUGGGCCGGGCCGGCGUCGGGAUCGACAACGUCGACCUGCAGGCGGCCACGGAAGCCGGCUGCCUCGUCGUCAACGCGCCCACGGCCAACACCGUCGCCGCCGCCGAGCACGGCAUCGCGCUGCUCGCCUCCAUGGCGCGCAACGUCUCGCAGGCGGACGCCGCGCUCAAGGCCGGUAAAUGGCAAAGAACCAAGUAUGUUGGAGUUUCCCUAGUUGGAAAGACUCUUGCCAUCAUGGGCUUCGGGAAGGUUGGCUCAGAGGUAGCAAGGCGAGCAAAAGGGCUUGGGAUGCAUGUGAUUGCACAUGACCCCUAUGCCCCUGCCGAUAAGGCCCGUGCCAUUGGAGCUGAGUUGGUAUCUUUCGAGGAGGCCGUAGCAAAAGCUGACUUCAUCUCCCUCCAUAUGCCACUCACCCCAGCGACAUCCAAGGUCUUCAACGACGAGUCCUUCGCAAAGAUGAAGACCGGUGUGCGGAUCAUUAAUGUGGCUAGGGGUGGAGUGAUUGAUGAAGAUGCUCUGGUCAGAGCUCUGGACUCCGGCAAAGUUGCUCAGGCAGCUCUUGAUGUCUUCACAGUGGAGCCCCCACCAAAGGACAGCAAGCUGGUGCUUCAUGAGAACGUAACUGUUACACCCCAUCUUGGAGCAAGCACGGUAGAGGCCCAGGAAGGCGUCGCUAUCGAAAUAGCAGAAGCUGUCGUAGGUGCACUGAGAGGCGAGCUCGCAGCGACAGCUGUGAAUGCUCCAAUGGUCCCAGCAGAGGUUUUGUCAGAGCUCGCUCCGUAUGUUUCCCUGGCAGAGAAACUGGGAAGGCUGGCAGUGCAGCUUGUUGCCGGCGAGAGUGGCAUCAAGGGGGUCAAAGUAGUGUACACCUCCGCCAGGGACCCGGACGACCUCGACACGAGGCUCCUCCGUGCAAUGGUCACCAAGGGCAUCGUGGAGCCUGUGUCUAGCACAUUCGUCAACCUUGUGAACGCGGAUUAUACAGCAAAGCAGCGUGGCCUGCGCAUCGCCGAGGAGCGGGUCUCCCAUGACAAUGCCGCCGCUGCAGAAUCGCCACUUGAGUCCAUCCAGGUUCGCCUCUCGAACGUGCAGUCCAAAUUUGCCGGCGCGAUCAGCACCGGCGGGGACAUUGUCGUCACAGGCAGGGUCAAGUACGGCAUUCCACAUCUGACCGUCGUCGGGCCAUACGAGGUCGACGUCAGCCUGGAGGGCAACCUGAUCCUCUGCCGGCAGAUCGACCAGCCUGGUAUGAUUGGCAAGGUCGGGAACAUCCUUGGACAGAGGAACGUGAACGUUAGCUUCAUGAGCGUCGGCCGGACCUUCCGCGGAAAGCAGGCAAUCAUGGCUAUCGGUGUCGACGAGGAGCCCGACAAGGAGACACUGGAGAAGAUCGGGAAGAUCCCGGCGAUCGAGGAGUUCGUGUUCCUCGAGCUAUGAUGGAGAGGGAGUCCUCCGUAGGAUAUUAAGAAGUAGUAGAGCUCAUCAUCUGGGUUUGAUGGCCUGACGGAGUAAAGUGAUCCGUGGUCUGUCGGGACUUCUUCAUUUUUGAAGUCACAACUAUACAUGAAGGGUGCCUUCGACUUGGUCCCUGUUCGAAUAAGAGGUGUACGUAUGCCCUGUGUGUUAAUGUAUGUGUGCUUGUUUGUGGAGAACAGUAUCAGAUUGUACUGUUUGAUGCAAUAAAAGAGUGCUAGUACUACUACUGCUUCAUC